AUUAAAUAUAAGCAUAUAAUAAACACGUGUGCAUACACAUAUAUACAUAUAUAUUCGAGAUGGGGGUUGUACAAAAUGUUCUCGUUGCAUUGGCUUCGACACAAAUUACACAAAUUACACUGGCAGCAUCAUUGCUAUCCACAACGAAUGUUGUAAAUAGCACGAAGGCGAUAGGUAAUGCUACAGACAGCACUCAGACUGGUGUCCAAGCUAUUGAAAACACAAACGAUAAUUGGACUAGUUCAGAAAACAUAACGGCGAAUGCGAAUUCAAGGCCUGUUAAUCAAAUACUUGUGGAACAGCAUAAAUUGAACACGGGAAACCAGACUAUUGAAAAGAAUCAGACUGCCUCGACUGAUUUUAACAAUAUCACAGCCUCAAAUGGCGCGGCGGGCAAAUCUGACCAAUUUAAUACCACAAUAGAUAAAAUUGGGGAGGAUACUAUGCUGACGGAGACCGACAAUAUCACAACGAACGGAAAUGCUUCAGCCGUCACGAAUAUAGCAAAUACAGCUGAAUAUAUUCGACUGUCGGAAGUAAACUCAAAGUCUUUGGACUGGGUGGAGCUUUUCAACCCCUCCAAUUAUAAUAUUAACCUGACAGGUGCAUUCUUGAUAGGAAGGAAGAGUAGUCAGAUUUACAGCUUCAAGGGAGACUGUGGUGAGAUCGGUGCUGGUAUGUACAUGCUUCUGGUGGAUUCGGAUACGACCAAUACGGAAUACAGUAACAAGGAUUGUAUGCUCGACUUUGGUAUCAAAUCCUCUGGCUCCUUAUCUUUGUUUGAUAUUGGCGGUAAUCUGAUGGACACUACAUCAUGGCAGGAUACGGCCUAUGUUUCAGGACACAGUUGGGCUAGAAACUCUGUAGGUCAGUGGCAAACAACUAGUACUCAAACACCUUUCUUUAAGAAUAUCUUCACUGACGAAAUUACUAUGCCAGCUGCAGUCGACUUGACGGCGGGUCUCGCUGAUAGGAACCUGGCAUAUGUACAGAAUCCACCAUUUGGUUCGGUAACGAAUGUCAAUGUGUUUGUGCAUGAAUGGUCAAGCAGUUGCACUUGUAAUCAGUUCCAAGAAGCGCAUAACGACGAAAAAUGCGGCUGUUCUUGGACAGACGUACAAGAGGACAGAACAGGCACGGAUUUGAGGAAAAUUGUUAUGCCUUGUUCUGUGAGUAUUGAUGUCGACGGCGUUCCAGAAUUCUGGUACAAAAACGUAUUUGAUGGUAAUAGCACUGUCCUCCAACCUCACUUGGAGGAAAAUUGUAAUAUUGCUGUCAGAGGUGGUUUUACACGACAUGAAACGAUUAAGAGUUACAACAUCAAAUUCAGCAAAACAACACUCCCAAGCACCUGGCGUGGGCUCGAACGUUUGAAUAUGGUAAAAACACCUUGGGAGGAGAUGAACGGUGCAUUGACAGCUACUUUGUUUGAGCAAUUUUCGAAGAUGAAUGGUUUCGUCGGUAUGCGCACCACCGUAGCUAAUUUAACCGUUACUGUGGUUGAUCAAGAUACCGGGAAUGUUCUCAGAGUUGAGAAUCAGGGUCGCUAUGUACUUAUGGAGAAUUGGGACGAGGACGCUCUGGACCGACAUGGUUUGGCGGCGAGAAACUCUAACGGAGAUCGGGAAGAUGCACAUCUGUACAAGCUGAAUUCAUUUGAUUUCACCUGGAUUUCACCCGUUUACGACAAUAUGGCUCCGUUUGUAGAUGAGACUGACGAAGUGGCUAUGGCCGAGUUCGAGGUGCAUCUGGAGGCAAAGGAUAGCAAGAACAACACCAAGCUGUACUAUACCUUGAUGGCUUUGAAUCAAAUGACCAACAUAUCCUUCGUUGAUGCUAUACACAAACACUUUGAUUUGGAAAAUUUGGCUCAGUGGUUAGCUGUGAAUAUUGCCUGUGGUGACAGUGAUCAUCAGGGAAAGAACCAGUACAUCUACAGUUCGGAGGGUACAGACGUGUGGUACUUCACACCCUGGGAUUACGAUGCUUGCUGGGACGUGGUAAUGGACAAUGGCCCACCCUCAGUGAGUGUUAGUUUAUACAAUUCUCACUAUCUGUUCAGGAAUAUAAUGUUCUGGCCGGAACUGAGAGAUAAGUUUUAUCCUGCGUUGAAGGCCAAACUCACCGAGCUACGACAGGGGGUUUUUGAGCGAUUCACCAUCGAGCAACUGCUGACGAAGAAUGCUGAGGUGAUUGUGCCAUUUAUGCAGAAGGGACAGACCGAUAGGGAUUUGUUGUAUCGUAAGCCGUACAACUACGAACCAACAGCCAAUCAAACAUUCUCCCCAUACAUAAACAACGCAGACAAGUCCCCGCUUAACAACACAAUGGGUCAAUAUGACUUUGUUAUGGAGGCAAUGGACAACUACACCAUGAGUGACCCGCCCCCUACUUGUUUUGGAGAGAUUAAGGUGAGGACGAUUGAAUCUGAGGACACCCAGUUCAAUAUCCAGCUAUGGCCUCUUUUCUCUCCGGUAGACCACAGGAUGGAUACCAUCAUCACAUUUUACAAGAAUCAUCCUGACUUCAAUACAUACGGUAACGGCGAUGAAGAGCACACGAUCUUCGACUACCGUUUCUGGGCUCCGCCGUAUGAGGAUAUUGUAUACGAUCACUACGUUUCACAGAGUAUCAGCAAUAGUACUGAGAUGAACGUUCAGAUGAAGGUGCCUAUUGAAUGUGCCAAGGUGUGGGAGUGCAGAGAUGAUUCUUGUCAUAUAACUGUCCACACCGUUGAUCUCGAGACGGGUAUGCAAUCUGCCUACGCGCACUACAACUCGGUCAUCCAAUUCAUGGGCGAUGAUAGCAACUGUGACUGGAGCCUUUACGAUCAGGAUGGGGAAUCGGAUGAUGAAGAAAACGACUCAGAAGACUUAGAGGAAGACGCCGAUGAUUCAAAUGAGGAUUCAAAAGAUUCAAAUGAAGGGUCAGAUGACGAAACUCCUGACGAUGAACAAUCCGAAGAGGUAGGAGACUCCGACGAGCAAUAACAUCAGGUGACGGGGAAGUGACAAGAGGUGAGGAAAGCAAGACGAAUCAACAGAUGGACAGCUGAAUUAAGGUCAUACUUAUGGAAUUAAAAGCAGAAAUUAGUAUCAAGAUCUGAGUUUAGUGCAGGAAUGUAGUAUCGGAUGCAUUAACGUGGUACGCGAUAUAGGCUAUAACUGUUUUGCCUUUUAGGGUCUAGGGUUGGAGGUAAGAGUUGUGGGCUAUAACUGUUUUGCCUUGCAUGCGUUGUCAAAUAGAAUGCGCCAGUGCAUUGCGCAGAGAUUUGCUGUCGUGCGUGACUUAGCAAUUACAGUCCACAAAGCAGACCUUGUUUCCAGCUGAUCUCAACUCUUUGAAUAUCCUUGUUCCGCAUAAUUGUGUCGAGUUCUGGUGCAGUCGCACUGUCGCAGGCCUGAGCCCGUCCGUCGAGGUGACUAAUAACUACUUCAGAUGAGCAACAACUGAAUUCCAACAGGUUUGAACUCUGCAUGCCACACUCCACAUCCCCUGCUGUAUCGUACGUAUACAAUUAGAGCACAAUCCAAUCCUCUCCGAAGAUAAAGAUAAGUGCAAAACAGCCCAUUGAGUGAGUGAGUGAGAAACAAGCCUUUAUUGGAGCCGUGAAUAGUGACUGUAGCUCUUAGUACUGAAUGACGGCGACGUGGCGCCGGCAGUAACUCUGCCGAGCAACGAAGGCGAGUCCGUAAUAUCGAUGUCCUCCUCACUUUCUUCAGCCCCCACUUCUCUGAGUGACCGGUUAUAGGCUGCUUGCUGGUGUGGUGAAUUGGUGCUAGUCUGGCCCAAAGUCGUGAUAUUUCCCUGGCGGUCACCAGUACGAGAGUCAACAUGUGUGUACGGUGUUGUAUGGCCGACUACAACAGGGGAGUGUUUGUCGAUUGUACUGUGAAUGUGGUGUGUAGGCAGGCUGUGGUUGUGGGGUUGUGAACACCGUUGUGAUGAGAAGGACAUCCGGGAGAGGCCAGACGUCACGAGCUCCUCCACUGCAAUAUACGAAUGGUUAGGAAUUGAGUUCAGUCAACUGGCAAGUAACCUAUUGAUUAAAAAGGCUUGGAAACCAGAAGUGGAUCCAACCUACAUACGCAUUUAUCACCCAAUGCACCAAUACGAAGUGAGGUACGGCUAGCAAUG